UUCCUACGCAAACGUGGUGUCUCCGAAGACAACAUCGAGUUGCGACAGUAUAUAAGUAAUGCUAUACGGGAGGGUUACGACAGGCCCAUUAAUGCACUGGAACAUGUAGGACAAGUCAGGGAAAGCGUGGAAUAUAGAGACUAUGAUAUUCCUCCGCCGAAACCUAAGCGACUACACAAAAGCUAUCGGCCACAAGACGUGUCGCAAGAUCUCGAAUCUCAGCGUAGUGAAUAUGGCGACGAUUUGUCGAUGUCACAAAAUGGCAGCGAUUACUUCAAUACGCCCAAACGUCCGCUGCGUAAGGGACGCAGUCGCAGCAAAUACUCUAUGGAUAGUCAAGAUUUCCCCGUAGCUGAGCAUAUACGACACGAGCCGUAUUUCGACGACGACGAGGAAUAUUUACGACCGCCACGCAACAGUUACAAAGACCGCGAAAAUGAGGUGGAAAUGAAUGACUUGGAUAUAAUAGGCAAACAG